AUGGACGUAUACGUCCAGAUCACGGGUCUGGACUCAGGGAAAAUGCGUGGAGUCAAGGCGCUGCUCGAUAGUGGCUGCAGUACCUGCUGCAUUGACACCGACGACGCACAAGCAGAGAAAUUGGACAUCCAAGAGCUUCCACAACCCAUCGUGGCACGAAACGCCGACAACACCAAGAACAUCAGCGGCCGGAUCACACAUUACGUUGACUUGAGGAUGAGAAUCGGUCCUCAUGUGGAGACCCGCACAUUACUCCUGACGUGUCUAGGAAAAGCCCGGAUCUUCAUCGGUCUGGAUUGGCUGACGGAACACAACCCUGAGGUGGAUUGGCAGGAGCAGACAAUGAGAUUCAGCCGAUGCCCAGAGCAGUGUCACAUGAGGGGUCCCGAGGAGUACCAAGCAAUGAUCGACAUGGAUGCAAUCGACCUGGACACGGUGAUAGGCUGGCUACCAGACGCGCUCUGCACCAGCUCUGUAAGGGCAUAUUUUUGCGCUUUUUACAGAGUUUACUCUCGAACCAUUCAGUGUAUCGUGUCGCGGUUGACAGUGUUGCGCUCAGUAGGACUUAAGGGUCUACUGCCCAGUUGA